GGUGAAGGAGCUUGUUUCUUGUUUGUCUCCUCCGGUCCAGCUUUACUUACACUCUUUUUUGAUUCCAUCAACGAUAAAUAACUUAAAUUUUAAGAAAAUCAGAGGAAUUUCAGGAAUCCAAGGGAAAAAUAAUUUAAUAAAAAAAAAACAGUUUCGUUAAGCAAAAAAAAUGAUAAUUGGAAAUGAAUCUCGGAGAUUGCUUGUUCUCAUAAUUCUCCUCUUGACGAUUCAACUCCGAGUUAACUCAGUCAUUGGACUCUGCGAACUCAGCUUUAUUGACAGCAACAAGCUCUACAACUUUAGCUUGGCUUCUCCUCUGCCUAGAUUCCCUCAUGGCGUCCUCAGCGAAGACGGGUUUUAUAAGGUGAUGGUGAAUAAGACUGUGCUCUGGUUUCAGCUUUGCGACGGAAUGGUUUUUAACCACAAUCCACCUAGAUGUGCUAAGUGCUCAGACUGUGGAGGCCCAUCACGCUGUGGAAUGGAAUGUAGUGCACUAGUGUCUAAAAAUGUUGGAGGUUACCAAGUCUGCACUACUAUUGGACAUGUUUCAAGUACGAAUGUUAGUGUCAGUGAUGAGCAGAAUCCUUAUAAGGGUGUCAUUGUUAGAAUGUCAAGCAUUGUCAAACAGCAGAAUUGUUCACUCUCUGUCUCAAUCUUUUGUGAUUCUACUGGAGUUCAAGGGCCAGAUUCAAUGGAAAUACUGGGGACUUGUGAUUACGCCACAGUUCUGCGGCAUCCUUCUGGUUGUGCAACAAUCAUAUCUUUUCACAAAAGAGGAUUUGGCUGGUUCGGUACCUUAAUGAUCAUUAUUGUAUGCCUCUUUGGAGCCUAUCUGCUUGCUGGUGCAGUUUAUCGAUUUUUUUUCCUUGGAAUUCGUGGUAUAGAAGCAAUUCCAAACUUGGAUUUCUGGGCCAGCUUACCGCAUAGAACGCAGAGUUUUUUCUCUUCUUUGAUGCUGAAGUUUAGAGGACAUUCAGCCGGUUAUAGAAAUUCUUAUUCUCCAGUUAACUUUUGAGCAGUUACAAUUUUGUUCCAUGUUAGUCAGAACACCAGUUUUGAGAGAACUCAGUCAUGAACCUUUAGCAAGCAAGUGCAAGUUGGCAUGAUAUCUCGAAAUCCAAUGCAGAAGUACCACUUAUGUUUGCUGAAUUAUCUGCCACAUAACAGUGCCUUCGUCCGCAGCUUGUUCUGUUUCUUCAUCUUCUCUUUCCUCAUGAUUAUUUCAUUAACUUUGAUCUUGUUUGUCUCCAAUGAAUAGUCACUCAAGGGCAUCUAGUUGGUAGUAAUAUCUGUCAAAGUGCUAAACGGAAAAUCUUGAGUAGAAUCUUCAUUCCUUGAGUGACAUUCUUUUCUUGUAGUUGUUUCUUAAACCUAAUUUGGAUGCAUGGUGAGAGCCCUUUAACCGCUUCGGUCUGCAUUUUAUGACUGGAUCCCUCGCAUCGUGCAUUCAAAUCAAGCUUUAGUUUUCAAUGGAAUUCUUCAAAGGAGAAUUUGGUCCGGACAUGAGUCAAGUAUUACACAUGGUGUGAAGGUGAAAUUUGCAUGGUUUUGGCUUUGGAAACAUUUUAUG